CCGUCGUCGCUCGGGUGCUGGGCGGGGCGCGGGCGAACAUGGCCGCCGCCGCCGCUGCCGGCGGAGAAGGGGCGCGGAGGGCGGCGGGGAUGGCGGCCGGCAGCGGGGCGGAGGAGGGCGGCGGGGAGGAGGAGAACGUGCUGUACGACCUGCUGCUCAACGCCGAGUGGCCUCCCGAAACGGAGGUGCAGCCAAGAGGCAACAGAAAACAUGGUGCAUCGUUUAUCAUCACUAGAGCAAUUACAGGUCCUGCAUUGUUUCUGCUUCGAUAUAUCUGGUACAGCCCUGCAAAGUUUUCUCUGCCAAAUGGACUUGUUCGUCUAGUUAAUAAGCAGAUAAACUGGCAGCUAGUACUUGCAAGCAAUGGUAAACUGUUGGCAGUUGUGCAAGACCAAUGUAUAGAAAUCAGGUCUGCAAAAGAUGACUUUGGAUCCAUAGUUGGAAAAUGCCAAGUGCCAAAAGAUUUUAACCCGCAGUGGAGACGAGUGGCGUGGAGCCAUGACUGUACGUUACUUGCUUAUGCUGAGAGCACUGGAACUGUGAGAGUUUUUGACCUAAUGGGUAGUGAGCUUUUGGUCAUUUCACCGACAGCAAGUUUCCCGGGAGAUCUGAGUUAUGCUGUUGCUGGAUUAAUCUUUCUAGAAUACAAAGCAAGUGCCCAGUGGUCAGCUGAAUUACUUGUUGUUAAUUAUCGUGGAGAGCUGAGAAGUUAUCUUGUAAGUGUUGGAACAAAUCAAAGCUUCCAAGAAAGUCACAGUUUCAGCUUUAGUAGCCAUUAUGCACAUGGAAUAACUACUGUCAUUUACCAUCCUGGUCACAGACUUUUGCUUGUAGGAGGCUGUGAAACAGAUGAAGAUGGAGUAUCUAAAGCAACCGGUUGUGGGAUAUCUGCUUGGAGAGUUCUAUCAGGAUCUCCCCAUUAUAAACAAGUCACUAGUUACGAAGAUGACAUUAGAACAGCACAGAGAAGAGGAUUAUUAAGGAUUAUGAAUUUAAGAUUUUACAGCAGACGGGGAACAGAACAGGAUGGAAUUUUCAAGAUGAAUCUUUCCCCUGAUGGAGCUCUUCUGGCAGCUAUUCAUUUCUCUGGAAAACUGACAAUCUGGUCUAUUCCAUCUCUCAGACAACAAGGAGAAUGGGACCAAGCUGACCAGCCAGGUUAUGAUGAAAUCAACCCAGACUGGAGUCUGUCUAGUGAAAAAAGAAAGAAAAUAAAAGAUAAAGAAUCCUAUUACCCACUGAUAGAUGUAAAUUGGUGGGCAGAUAAUUCUGUGAUUCUGGCUCGCUGCUCUGGUGCGUUAACUGUGUCAUCAGUCAAGACAUUAAGAAACUUGCUGGGAAAGUCAUGUGAAUGGUUUGAGAGUUCUCCUCAGGUUACUUCAGCUCAUGAUGGAGGAUUUCUAAGUCUGGAGUGUGAGAUAAAACUUGUUCCAAAAAGAUUACGCUUGGAGAGCAGACCUGGUGAUGAAGAUGAGGGAGAAGAUGACUCUGACUCUGAUGAUGAAAAUUCUGCUAAGGACAGAUACUUCAGCUACCUGAAGCAAGGCCUGUACUUCGUGACAGAAAUGGAACGAUUUGCUCCACCACGAAAACGUCCGCGUACUAUUACAAAAAAUUUCCGCCUUGUUAGCUUGAGGUCCACAACUCCAGAGGAGCUUUACCAGAGAAAAAUUGAUAAUGAAGAAUAUGGGGAAGCUCUGUCUUUGGCUCAAGCAUAUGGCCUUGAUUCAGAUCUUGUCUAUCAGAGACAGUGGAGGAAAUCAGCUGUUAACGUUGCUUCAAUUCAAGACUAUUUGAGCAAAAUUAAGAAGCGUGCAUGGGUUCUUCAUGAGUGCUUGGAAAGAGUUCCAGAGAAUGUGGAUGCUGCAAAGAAGUUGCUACAGUAUGGCUUGAAAGGCACAGACUUGGAGGCUCUUGUGGCCAUAGGAAAAGGAGAAGAUGGUGGCAGAUUUAUCUUACCAGGGGAGGUGGACAUUGAAAUUCCCUAUGAAGACUUCUUGUCAGCAGACGAAGAAACAGAUGCUAAAAAGGAAAAAGAGGCCAGGAAGCAUCAAGAACUGCUGUUAUCAGUAAACUUCUCAAAGCUAACGCUGGAACAAAAAGAACUCUGCCGUAGCAGGCUGAAGCUGUUAAUUUAUCUUGAUCGCCUUGAAACCUACGAGGAAAUCCUUGGAGGACCUCAUGCAGCUAAACAGCACUACGAUGGUGAAUUCUUCAAGAAGUUCAGAAAUCAGAAUAUUGUGCUUUCAGCAAGAACUUAUGCUCGGGAAAGCAAUGUCAGAGCCCUGGAAAUCUUGUUCACUUUCCAUGGAUCAGCUUUGCUUCCACACAGACAAGCAAUUCUCUCCAAUUUCCCAGAGACUACUUCACCGCAUGAAUAUGCCUUCUUGUUGCCUGAAGCUUGUUACAAGCAGGGAACAUUGAAAAUUGUUCCUUGGAAUGAACAGAAACAUCGUGAAGAAGACUGGUGUGAGAAAGCAGAAUGCAGGAUGAUUGUUGAACCAACUUUACAAGAUGAAGGCGAAUUUCUCUAUGAAACACAGCCAGAAUUACUGAAGUACAGGACUACUGAACUUUCAGUAGAGCUUGUGACUGAUUGGUAUUUGAGCAGAGCACAGGAAAUAGAAAAAUAUUCCAUGCAGGUGGACUGUGCUCUGUCCCUUGUUCGUCUUGGCAUGGAGAGGAAUAUCCCUGGUCUGCAGGUGCUUUGUGACAACCUGAUCACUCUUGAGACAGUAGUUUAUGAAACUGAUGGUGAUCGAACAUUAACUUUAAAGGAACUAGUAGAGAUGAAGGACAUUGAGAAGCUGAGACUGUUGAUGAAAAACUCCUCUGAUGAAAAAUAUGUGAAGAAUGUUUAUCAGUGGAUGAUCCCUUUCCUACACCGCUGUGAAAAUCAGUCCCCUGGUCUGGCAAAUUCACUCUUCAAAGAAUAUUUAGUAACAUUAGCAAAGGAAGACCUGACUCUGCCUCUGAAGAUUUUUCAGAGUUCAAAACCUGCUUGUCAGCAAAAAAUUAUACCUGAGCAAGACCAGCUUAUGAUUACAGCAUUGGAAUGUAUUUAUAGUUGUGAACGAGAUGACCAGCUUGCUCUCUGUUAUGAUAUUUUGGAAUGCCUUCCACAAAGAGGAUAUGGGCCUGAAACAGAUAUAACUAACUCUCUUCAUGAUGCAGUAGAUGAACUGGAACAAAUUCUGAGUGUGUCAGAGCUGUUGGAGAAGCAUGGACUUCAGAAACCUGUUUCCUUUGUGAAAGACACAAAAGACAAUGCCGAGGAGGCACGGAAACUGAUGAUUAGGCUGACAAGGCACACAGGUCGCAAGCAACCAUCAGUCAAUGAGACACAAUGGAAAGAGUUGCUCCAGGAUAUGUUAGACAUGCAGCAGAAAGUAUACACAUGCUUACAAUCAGAUACUUGCUAUGAGAUAUUCACAGAAAGUCUUCUAUGCUCAAGCAGUAUAGACAAUAUCCAUCUGGCUGGGCAAAUGAUGCAUUGCAGUACUUGGUCAGUGGAUCAACCAGUUUCAUCAAAAGGGAAACCACAGUACAAAGUCAGCUAUAUGAGAAGUAUUGAACUAGUUCUGGCUGCUGGCAGAGAAUAUUUCAAUUCUUCAACCAGUCUGACUGAUAGCUGUAUGGAUUUGGCCAGAUCCUGUCUGCAACUUAUUGUAGACUGUCCAAGUGAUAUUCAGGAGGAGCUAGAUCUCAUUCGUGCUCUUGGCUACCUUGAAGAAUUUGGCGUGAAAAUUUUACCAUUGCAAGUGCGUUUGUGUUCAGAUAGACUCAGUCUCAUCAAGGACUGUCUUUCUCAGUUGUCAACAAACUAUAAGCAGUCUGCUAAGCUCCUGGGACUUGCGAAUUUGCUGAGGGUUGCAGGAGAUGACCAGAUGGAGAGAAAAGGUCAAGUUUUAAUCCUUUUAGUGGAACAAGCUCUCAGUUUCCAGGACUACAAAGCAGCUAGUAUGCAUUGCCAAGAGCUCAUGACUGCAGGUUAUUCUAAAAGCUGGGAAGUAUGCAGUCAGCUUGGGCAGUCAGAAGGCUUCCAUGACUUGCAUAUGCGUCAGGAACUCAUGGCUUUUGCUCUGACACACUGUCCCCCAAAUGCCAUAGAGGCAUUGCUAGGAGUUAGCAGCUCAUUGCAAACCCAGAUUCUUUAUCAAGCUGUGAAUCACCAGUUGCUUCCUUCAGAAGGAGAUGAGAAUGUAAAUAGUUCCAUACCCUCUUCGCUGAUCAGUAAGGAUGCAGAGGAUGAAACUACGGUCUCCUCUAGCCAGUCUGCCGAUUUGUUGUACUGGACGACAACAAAAACCAUGAAGGUGUUAUCUAACACAACUAUGACUACAAAAGCCAUGCUGCAUGCUGUCAGUGAUGGACAGUGGUGGAAAAGAUCACUAACUUAUCUUCGACCAUUACAUGGCCAAGAAUUUGGAGAUGUGUUAAAAAGUGGGCCUGGAGAAAAUGUCACUGUGGAAAAGCAAGGCUGUCAUCCAUUUUAUGAAUCUUUAAUUGCUGAUCCAUAUGUUGCAGAAUCUGAAAGCAACUAUGGCACAUACCAGAACAAUUCUUUGGAAAGCUUUGCAGAAGUAUUGUUGAGAACAGAGAAACUGACAGAGACCAAGAGUGAAGGAAAAAAUCUACUCCCAACUACAGAAGUUCUGCUACAACUGGCAAGCGAUGCUUUACCAAAUGAUAUGGCCUUGUCUCUUGCCUAUCUGCUUGCACUGCCACAGGUGGUAGAUGCCAACAAAUGCUUUGAAAAGCAAUUGCAUUCUGCGUUAUCUCUCCAGCUGGCAAGUUAUUACUACAGCCUGCAGAUCUAUGCUCGUUUGGCACCAUGUUUCAAGGACAAGUGCCACCCUCUCUACAGGGCUGAUCCAAAAGAGUUGAUUAAGAUGGUCACACAGCAUGUUACUCAGUAUGGCUAUAAAGAGUGGCCUGAAGAAAUUGCAACUUUGAUAAAUCACUUGCAUUACUACAAUGAACGACUGCUGGAUUUCACUCAAGCUCAGAUUCUGCAAGGACUUGGCAAAGGAGUAGAUGUGCAGAGGUUUACAGCAGAUGGACAGUACAAGAGAGAAACAAUACUGGGACUGGCAGAAACACUUGAAGAAAAUGUAUACAAGAUUGCUGUUUCUUUGGCUCAGCGAUACAACGUCCCCCUUUGGGAAGUUUAUAUGACCCAUCUGGAAUUUUUAUUCACUGACAGUGGAUUGUCUACUCUGGAAAUAGAAGAAAGAGCACAAAGUCUUGGUCUUUUUGAGACUUUGAAAACAAGUCCUGAAACUUUACAUGAACACAUGGUUAAAUAUGUUUACCCAAGUAUUGAAGGUAGAGAUCAUCAGCGGUUGCUUUAUUAUUUCACACUCCUUGAAAAUUGUGGUUGCUCAGAAUUUGUGAAGCAUGCUGUGAAACCUGAAACUCACAUUCGACUCCUGAAAAAAUUCAAAGCAGUUGCACCAGGUCUUAAUUACAAAAACUUAAUAGAUGAAAACGAAAACCCUCUGGGAACUCUGGAGCCAGUACUUACGAGUCAAAAUAUCUUAUCUAUUUCCAAACUGGCUCCCAAAAUUCCUAAAAAAGAUGGCGGUAUGCUGUUACCAAGCUCUCUUUAUGCUGUCUGGUUACAAAAACUUUUUUGGAACGGUGAUAACCAUCUCAUUAAAAAAAUACCAGAAACUAUGGAUGAGUGGCUACAUGCAUAUGAUGUGUGUUCAAAGUACUUUGAUAGACUUGAUCCAGAUGAUAUCAUCACUUUUAUUGAUGAAAUUACCUUUUCUUCAAAAGCUGUCACAAAGCUGACAGUUGAAACCAGGAUAGAAGUGACUAAGAAGGCUAUUAAGGCAGUCAAACAUCUUUCUGAGAAAUCAAGAAAAAAACCUUCUGAGAAUGACAUGGAAGAUGCUGAAAAUCCAUCUGUUGCUUAUGAAAAAACUCUGAAUCACUUGCAGCAAUCUCUUGCUCAUCUGGAAACACUCACUCAUAGUUUUAUUACUUACUUGAAAAACAGCAAACAGGAUGUACUACAGAAGUAUGGCUAUUUAUAUGAUUUGUCAAGAUCAGAGAGAGAAAAAAUCCAUGACCAAGCAGUAACUAUGUGUAUAGAUGGUCAGCCCCUGGAUAUGAUACAACAGUUGAUACAAGUUGCUGUUGGAGAUCUAGGUCUUUCUCCCAAGGACAUUGUUCAGUGUGCUAUUAAAAAAAUUAUAUGCACUCUAAGAGCAAAUGACAGUUCUUCUACAUCAGUGAAAGAUCCACUUGGAAUCCUAGAAGGCAUCGUUUCUGCAGUGCAUGCAAGUGUUGAAAAAGGGGAGAAAGUAGUUUCUUCAGAUGACCUCCUGGAGUGGUUGAGACCUUUCUGUGGUGAUGACUCUUUACCAGUGAAACCUCGCAUCAGAGUAUUGCAAAUACUGGAGCAAGCUUUCCAUCUCAGUGAUGAGGACAGCAAGUUGCUUGUGUACUUCAGGACACAAGCUGUUCUCAGAGCGUGCUGGCUUGAAACAAAGGUAGAGAUAACAGAUAUUGAAAAUGAAGAAAAAAGGUACAAGCUGUUCUUGGGACUUCUGGAAUCUAGUCACAGCCUGUCUGAGUUUCAGCACUUGGUUUUACUCCUUCAAGCAUGGCCACCUAUGGAAAUGAGCAACAGGUUGUGCACAGAUGGUAAUCCCUGGGUGAAACUGGGGACUGCUAUGCUACAGAGAUGCCCAGCUGAGGAAAAGGAGAGCACGGGAAAUGAAAUUUUGAAAAUCUGCCGUUCUUUGUAUGACACUAAGCACAUGCUCCCUGCUGAGUGUAUAAAAGAAUUAUGUUUGUUGCUGCUUAACCAGUCCCUUUUGCUGCCAUCCCUGAAACUGCUGGUGGAAAGCAAAGAUCAAGAUCUUCAUGCUGUGGCACUGGAGCAGAUAACAACUGUUGCUAAGGCAGUCUCCAGAACCUGUCAGAGAAGUAAUGAAUCUGGAAGUAUUGUCUUCAUCUCAGAUGUUGCUAAUUUACCUUCAAAAGUUCUGUUAUUGAAAUGGAUGGAGCACUAGCUUUGUGGAACAUAAAUGGACAUUUAAAGUGUUUGCAGGGAAGGCAGCAGGGCGUGUUACAUGUAUUACACAUCUGCUUGUAUCAAAAUCUGAAUAUUGUAAUUAACAUCCAGUAUGAUGUUAAUCCAGUAUGAAUUGGAAGUAUUUCCUAGUUGAGGCUGUUGUUCUAAGGAAAGAACCACAGGUUUUUGUGAAGCUGGUCCUAUUCCCAGUUCUUUAUACAAAUGAAACACAACAUUUCUGAUUUUUCUACAAAAGAUACCUUUCUAACCACCAAAACAGUGGAUUAUCAUUAGCAUAUCAAUAGUUUAAUUUUCACACCUACAGUUGUAGAUUUUGGUCUGCAAAGCAAUUUUUUUUAACUGUUUUUAAACAAGAUGAUCUUAUAGAAAAGGAGCUGGAGAUCAGAUAUAUGCAUGCACUUUCUCAUCUAUAUGUUCUGUUAACCUUUUAAAAUUGACUUUUUUGUUAACAGAUGAAAGCUGCUGAGUUAGUGAUUAGCUCUCAAACUUCCCAGCAGGAAUUUAUGUCCGAGUACAUUUUAUUUAACUACUUUUAAAGCCCAAUGCUGUGCAGUAGCACUUUCUGAAUGGCUACUGAUUGUAUUGCUAUCUUAACUGGCCUUUUCUUUCCAGUGUGCUGUGGCUUUUAAUUUUCUACAGUUUGGGUUGAUUAUAUUAUAUUGAAGUUUUAGGGCCAGGAGCCAUAUUAACUUCUUACUAAUAUAAAACACUCACUACACCUAUGCAUUCCUAAAAUAAUGUUCUUUUUGGCCUUCUUAUGUGAGAGGCACUUUGAAAAACUAUACCUAUUUUUUCUUCCAAAAUCAGUAUUAAUUUGAGCAUAUACUUCUACACCAGUGCUCCAUAACCUAGAAUUUUCAGCGCAUUUAGCUUCGGUCUAGUAUUUCAUCUUAAGUUAAUGAAAAUGUAACUUGAUUUCAUUCCAUAAGGCAUAGUGUUUAGCCAGUACCUUGAAUGUGAGAUUCACCACCAGUGUUAGAAAAGCAACUAGCACAGAAGAGUGCCAUGCUGAAUUUUAGUGAAUGGUGGUUUCUUGGAUGGUUUAGAAAUUACCUCUUAUUCCUUGAUUUAUAUGCAUCUCUUAUGAUUACACUAGUUGAUAGUUUACCAACUAAAAGUGUGUAUACUGCUUAGCUAUGUCAAUGUUUAUUCAGUAUAAUUUUGUAUGCAUACUUUUUGCUUUUUAGCAACAGUAAUAGAACUGUUAAUGCUUCUUGUAGAAUUUUUAAUUAAUUUUUCAUAGGAAGCCCAUUUCUGGUUACAUUAAACAGGAAAAGGACAAAUAACAUCUGGCAAAGGGAAAUCAUAGCUAUUGAUUCCCCGACAUAGCGUUAAAACAACUCACAGAUAUGGCUGUGAGAAAAAUACAGCACUUGCUUGCUGAUACGAUGUAUUAGUUAGCCAUUUGUUGUAUGUUGCUGACAGCUUUAUGGAUGUUUACAGUUAAAAGGAUGAUGCUGAAGUGCUGAUACUAAGAAUUGUAUAGCUUUUGCCUGUAAUAAAACAACCAGGAUUUUGUGUAAGCUUUUUUGAAAUUGCAGACAUCUCUUUUUAUUGUGCAUCUUCUUAUAAACUGCCAUUUACCUCUUUUGGAUAAUAGAAAUAUCUGUUUUUUCUCUGUGGUGUAUGAAGAAUUAAAAAAAUGUAAAAAGUUUACUUAAAUAAGCUUAUUAUUGCCAGUGGGAUUUAGACUUUGCCCUUAAGAAUCAAUUAUUUUUUUAUUUUUGAGAAGGGUUGGCGGUUCACUUGACUAUCUUUCAUAGAUCAAGACUGAUGUUUUUACUUCUGACAGAGAAACUAAGUGUUCUGCUACCUGUUGGUAGGUAAAAUGGAAGUUGACAUAAUCAAUAAAUACUACUUUAACAGAAAGUAGGACUAGAAAAUGUUUUUAGUUAAUCUAAAAUAAUAUUUUAUUUCAGUUUAUAUCCUGUAUUUUCAAUAUUGAAGUGCUAAGACAGCCUUUUACAAAAUGAAUGUGUGAAAUUAAUUUCCAGUUAUUUCUCCAGUCUUGUUCCAUGUAUGGCUGCUCACUUUCUGUGGCUUACCUUUUAAAAGACACCUUGUAAAAUUAUGCAUUUAAAACCUAACAGUAAUGUCUCUGUCCUUCACUUGUCUAGUUGUUUUUAGAUCUUGUCAUUUUCUUACCCCCUUACUUAUUUGUCCUGCAGCCAUGCAGACUCCAUCCAGGAACAAAAUGAAAAGCAUUUUUACCUCCACUAGUAGUGUAGAGCUAAUACUCAAGCAAAUGGCCGGUUCAGUUCUUUUUAGCUGUUAUGUUAUCAACAGCUCUUAUUUUUCCAUUAGUAUCCAUAUUUCAUAGUGCAUGGGUUUGGUAAUGCAUAAGUUAUGGAUGACACAUUUCCUGUUGCUAGUACCAGACUCUCUAGACAUAAAAAAUGCUGACAGGGAAUUGUCCAGACUCUGACUUGUCCUUUACUGAAGCAGGCAAACCUUCUGUCCUGUUCUUGCUUAUCUGAAGUCAUCAAUGCAGAGAGAUUUCUUUCAAAUAUGCUAUGUACUAUCAAAUAUAGAUACAAUAUCCAUGUAGACUGUAAUAGCUACCAGUAGAAAUACUGGAUACUAACAUGAGAUGUAGUGUUGGCCCUGGGAGUGGAGCCACAUUAUUUUUUUUUUCACUCAAAUUUUCAGAAUCCUCAGUGAUUUACCAGUAGAGCUUCUUUAGAUGCCUCAAGUUGCUAUUCCUAGUACGUCAAAAGAGCUGUCACCUUUGGUAGAGCUGAUUUUCACCUACCUGUUUAGCACAAAAGGUUGUUUAAAACAUGCAGACUCCCUGCCUCUGCUUGCCCAGGGGAGCUGCUGUCUUGGUGGAGCUGAGGGCCUCGAGCCUGAGCCCAUUUGCAGUUGGUAACAUCAUUUGUGCUGAUGGCAAAGCCCUAGGCAGGCGUGCUUAAACCUUCCUAAUUAUACACUGACAACACCAAGUUCAGCGUAAGACACAAACUGACAUUGUGAUUCAGAAAUACUGCAGUCAGCGUAGGGGGUAAAUACAGGUUGUACAACUGCUUCUUUUUCAGAUCAUUUGCCAAGGGUGUUUCAGAAACAGCUUGAAUGUGUCCUCCCUAAGAGUCUGGGAUGAGGCUCCUCCCGCUCCUGCUGAGGAUAUGCAGAAAGAAAUUAAGACUUGUGGUGAAAGGAGCGCACGUGGUCCUCACUUCUGUGCUUGUUGAGGGCAGCCCUGCUGGGAUGUGAUUUUUCAUGAGCAGAUGCAGACUCUUUUAUAAAUUUUGCAUUAAAGAGACAUUUGAUAAAAUGUACAAACCCUGCUUGAAGCAGAUUGCUGUAGCACUGCAGUGGCAGAAAUGAUGAGUGCAUCUGUUGCAAUCCUCUUUCUAUGUGGUCUCUGGCUUCUUAGAUGUAUAUGCAUCUCGGUAGCUGGGAACUGCAUUGAUCGUCACUCUAAAGUGAGCUAGUCAUCAGAGGUAGCACUUGAAUGCCUAUGUCUUUAAUGUAGAUAUCAGCCAAUACCUAAAUAGGUACCCAUGUCAAGGAAAAAAGUCAGGAUUUCCUCUCCUUAGCAUAAGUAUCCCCAUUAGUUCUUUUCCCUGUACAUAUGCACAGUGUGUGUGUGGGCAUCACACUAAGUCAGCACUGUCAAAUCCUACUGAAGGAGAAAUGGAUAUGAAAAAGUGAAACAUCUACAAUUUAAGCCUUCCAAAAGUAAAAGGUUUUACACUAAUGAAAAAUUCAGCACCCUCAGCGUGGAAAUCUGGAUAGAUGCAGUGAUUUUUCUCCAUCACAUAUACUGUGAGUUUGUCAUCGUUGUUGUUUAUGGUUUAUUCACAUGUUCACACAAGAUGGAAAGUGGCUGUGAAUUCAUUUUGCAGAAGAUGCCUGCACCUGCAAGACUUGCUUAAACUGCAGUCAGCUGCAUUCCACAUCACUGGAAUAGUGUUUAUGGGGAAUUGGCUAUAACCUGCUGGAACCAGUGUUUUAAGACUCACUUAGGAUCUUGGGAUGGUAAGGACAUGCAUAUGCAGGCAGAUCUGAAGCGAUUCAUUAAUAAGACCCUCCUUUGCUUGCUGUUCAGAAGAAAAACAAAAGAAACAAACAAACAAAAAAAAAACACAACAAAACAAACAAACAAAAAACCCACAUCUUUUUAAUACUAGGGUGGCAAGGUUGCUUUUUACUAAUUGUCUUAACUGAGUUUACUCACUUGUUUACAAGUCAUGUCAAAAGGGUUAGUUUGAAAAAGAAAAGACAGUAAAAAACUUAAGACUCCAUGUUUACCAUAGGCAAAUAUUUGGUAUGUAUGCUAGGUGUACAUUCUUGCAGCCAGUGUGUGCCAAUCCAUAGAACAUUUCAAGUAGAGUCAAAAUGGUUAGCAAACAAAAAUAACCUGUAAGAUUGUUACGAAUUUAUAUGUAAAAAUGUAAAAUUUUGAAAAUCUGAAGUCCAUAGAGAAUAGUGUUCUGGCUCCAACAGGGGGAAUAAUUACAAGUCUAAUGAAGAAUAAGAACAGGGGACAUAUAUAUCUUCUUGUUCUGGGUUGCUCUCGCAGCUUCCAGUUAUUUUUGGCUGUAUGUAUUUGUGUACUAAGUAAGUGCUAGUAGUUUUCUCUCUCAGUUUUGUCCAGUUUCCCCUUUAAACAUGGAUGAGCUUUUACAUUGUGCAGUAUCAUUUGCCAAAGAAUUCAACAGUGUAAUAAAAAGCUAUUUCCUUGUAUUUACUCUGAAUCUGAUUCUGUUAGAUUCACUUGAUGCUUCAUAAUUCUUGUUUUAUGAGGGAAUGUUUAAUCAGUCCCCAUAUACUUUAAUGAUGCUGAUAUCUGCUUAUACUCUCUAAGGUUCUGCUUUUUUAGGUGGUGGAGUCCUAGAUUUUUGAGUUCUUGAGCAAAUACCAUAUUAUAAACUCUAUAGAGGAAAUGACCUCAAGUUGUGGCAGGGGAGGUUUAGGUUGGAAAUCAGAAGACAUUUCUUCUCAGGAAGGUUAGUCAGGCAUUGGAGUGGGU